AUGCAUCGCUCCCCCGCCGCCAUGUUAACGAAACCGAUGGCGGACCCAAACAUCGAGAUCCGCACUCCCAGGGAUCCCAACACCUUGUCCAACUAUCACAACUUUGUGACACGGCAUACCAGUGUAGACUUCGAUAUCGACUUCCAGAAGAAGAGGUUAUUUGGAAGUGUGGUGCUGACGUUGGAGUGCUUGACGGAUGAGGAUGUGAAAGAUGUUGUGUUGGACAGCAGCUUUCUUGACAUCUCCGUUGUAGAAGUCGAGGGCAAAAGCGUCAAGUUCAACGUAGGAGAUCGCGUGGAACCCUAUGGCAGCCCUCUCACCAUCUCUCUUCCUUCCAAGGUUCCCAAAGGCAAGACUGUUGAUGUAGAGAUCAAGGUCGCAACCACUGAUAAAUGUACCGCGCUUCAGUGGAUGACUCCUGCUCAGACCUCCAACAAGAAGCACCCCUACAUGUUCUCGCAAUGCCAGGCCAUCCACGCACGUUCAGUCUUCCCUUGUCAAGACACUCCAGAUGUCAAAUCGACAUUCAGCUUUGCUCUCCGCUCGCCCCUGCCGGUGCUUGCUUCAGGUCUGCCUACCGGGGCAAGUGACUACCUGCCCCCGAAGAAGGAUGGUGAGAGCGGUACCAUGAAGUACACAUUUGAGCAAAAGGUUCCCAUGACUGUCUACCUCUUUGCUGUCGCGAGUGGAGAUCUAGCGUGCGCAAGCAUCGGGCCCCGCAGUACGGUAUGGUCUGGUCCUGAAGAGCUCCUUGCAUGCAAAGACGAGCUUGACGGCGAAAUCGAGCCUUUCAUGAAAGCACUCGAAUCCAUCGUCUCGCCCGCCUACCAGUGGGGACAGUACAAUGUGCUCAUCCUGCCUCCUUCAUUCCCGUACGGCGGUAUGGAGAAUCCGGUUUGGACUUACGCCACUCCCUCUAUUAUCUCUGGCGACAAGCAAAACGUCGACGUCAUCGCACAUGAGCUGUCACAUUCAUGGUCCGGCAACCUGGUUAGCGCAGCAAGCUGGGAGCACUUUUGGUUGAACGAAGGCUGGACAACGUAUCUGGAACGCAGGAUCGCUGCUGCUCUUCAUGGAGAGGCACAUCGCCACUUCUCUGCCAUCAUUGGUUGGAAAGCUCUGGAGCAAAGCAUCGAGAACUACGGCGAAGACCACCCCUACACUAAACUUGUUCUCGAUCUCAAGGGCCAAGAUCCUGAUGACGCCUUCUCUUCCAUUCCGUACGAGAAAGGUUUCCACGCCCUGUACCAAUUUGAGCUGCUUCUCGGAAAGAAGAAGUGGGAUUCUUUCAUCCCCCAUUACUUCGACACUUUCAAGUUCAAGUCCGUUGACUCAUACGACUUUAAGAGUUGCCUCCUAGAGUUCUUCGAGAAAGACGCAGAGAGCAAGCAGAAGCUGGACAACUUCGACUGGGACAAACUGUUCUAUGCACCGGGAUUCCCUGUCAAGCCAGACUUUGACCAGACUAUGGUAAAGAGCUGCUACGAACUCGCAGACAAAUGGCAGGCUUUGAUCUCCUCCGAAUCCAACGACUUCAAGCCCCAAGCCUCUGACAUCGAAGGCUGGGUGUCAAACCAGUCCGUGGUCUUCCUCGAGAAGCUUCAAUCUUUCGCUUCGAAGUUCUCAGCCGACAAGGUACACCUGCUUGGUGCGACUUAUGGCUACAACGACACUCAAAACAUUGAGGUGCUAUCGCGCUACCUCAAUAUCGGGCUCAUGGCCAAGGCACAGGAGACUUACGAGCCUGCAGCAACAUUGUUGGGCAAGAUUGGGCGUAUGAAGUUCGUCCGGCCCAUGUUUAGGCUACUGAACGAGGCGGAUCGCGAUUUGGCGGUUAGCACGUUUGAGAAAAACAAGGACUUUUACCAUCCGAUCUGUAGGCAGAUGGUAGAGAAGGAUCUUUUUGGAGAGGAGAAGAAGUAG